AUGGUUGCCGCGGUCUCCAACACACCUGCUGAUGCCAUCGGCGCCGCCGCGACCUCGACAGAGGACGAGGUGCACUGGUCUAAGGCCGAGUACGACAUCGAUCUGCAUCCUCAAGUUCGCCGCAACCUCGAGCUAUGCGGCAUCCAUUCGUUCUUCCCGAUCCAACACGUGACGAUUCCCAAGAUUCUCUCGACGGGGUACACUAAAGAUCUGUGCAUCAACGCCCCCACGGGUAGUGGUAAGACUAUGGUGUAUGUGCUACCCAUCGUCCAGCGACUUGUGUCUCGGGUGGUCCGUCGUCUGCGUGCCGUUGUCGUGGUUCCGUCGCGCGACUUGGUUGUCCAGGUGAAGAAAGUGUUUGACACGCUCAUUGCUGGCACGCCGCUCACGUGCGGCGUGGCAAUGGGUCAAUCCAACUUUACGACGGAGCAGCAGCACUUGGUGAGCUCGGUGGACGGUCUCAGCCUCGUUGACAUCCUCGUGGCCACUCCUGGUCGGUUGGUGGACCACCUCGAGCAAACCCCUCACUUCACGCUGCAGCACGUGCAGUUUGUCGUUGUGGACGAAGCCGAUCGGCUGCUGAAUCAAUCGUACCAGGACUGGAUCACAAAGCUGUACCAAAGCAUUUACGUGACCGAAACCAGCGUCGAAAACUUAACCGCAGCCGGUGGGUCCGCGUCCUUGCAUCCGUCGACGAUCCGCCGGGCAGAUGGCAAGAACCCCCACCGCAUCCGCAUCCCGCUCAUCCGCAUCUUGCUUUCCGCGACACUGACGCGGAACCCUCGGAAACUCGCCGCCAUCGGCAUGCCCCAUGCCGAACUGGUCACCGUGAACGACGCGCUGGACGACAACUUGUUUGCAACGCCGGCGAAUUUGGACGAAAGUAUGAUUGAAUGCGACAGCAUGGACAAGCCGCUGGUGUUGCUGGAGCUUCUGCACGCGUUCGAGUCGCAACUCACGAUUGUGUUUACGUCAUCAAUUAAUGCCACGCAUCGCCUUUGCCGACUGCUGCAGCUCUUCUCCCCGACACCGCAGAGUGUGCGCGAGUAUUCCAGUGGCCUCACGCAGAAACAGCGAUCGCAACUCGUGCAGCAGUGCAAAAAGGGCGCCAUCAAGGUCGUGGUAUGCUCGGAUGCCAUGGCCCGAGGCAUGGACAUUGCCCACGUUGGUAACGUCAUCAACUACGACGUCCCACCCUACCUCAAGACGUACAUCCAUCGUGUGGGCCGGACGGCGCGCGCUGGUCGCGCCGGUCGCGCGGUUACUUUGGUCAAGCGAGGGCAGGUGAAGGGCCUGACCCGCAUGCUCUCCAAGGCCAAGAAGGCCGAGCUGCCGACGUACGUAUACGACGCAGAGCACAUGAAGUCCCUCGUUCCUCGGUAUACGGCAUGCUUGGCGUCGUUGAAGGACACGCUCGCGAAGGAGAAAGCAGGCCACUUGGCCACUACGACCAAAGUGUCGUUGAAGCGACCAGUGGCUGCGAUGGAGGGGGGAGCAACGGAAUCAGGAGGCGACGACGGAGAUGCCGAAGAUGGCGUCGAGUGGACGAGGGACGAAGUCAAGCAAAAGCUGCUGAACCAGCUCCAGCGACGGCUCGCCGCCUAA